AUGGUGUACGUAGGGCCAAGAGAUGAUCACCAGAGGAAGCACAAGAAUGGAGGUAGCCCCAAGCGAACAUCCCACACUUUCUACACAGACCUAACACAUUCUAGGGAACAUAUCUUCAUAGCAAACAAGAAUCAAGUCCCCUUCAAGAGACCCCCACCAAUGAAAAGGGAUCUGUCAAAAAGAUAUCGUAGAAAGUACUGUCAGUAUCAUAAAGACAUUUGGCACACCACUGCAGAGUGCACUCAUUUGAAGAUGGGAAUCGAAGAGCUUAUACGUAGGGGGCACUUGGGUAGAUAUGUUCGCAAAGAAAAUCAAAGAUUGGAAGAAGGAAUACCCUUACCACGGGCACAAGAUGAAGCCCUAGAGGUGCAAGGAGAAGUUAGGACCAUCUUUGAAGGCCCAGGGUUCGGAGGCGAAUCAAGGACCUCACGAGACAAGUAUGCCAGGGAAGCCAGGCGAAGUCCGCCUCCAUGCGUCUUAAGUUUGGAACAACGCCCCCCAAAGAACUUUAAGGGGGAGAACGAUUCGGUAACAUUCAACGAAGAAGACAUGCGGGGUGUGCAUUUCCCUCAUAGUGACCCCUUGGUGUUUACUGUUUAG